AUGCGUUUCGCCGCUCUGGUCAUCGGAAUUCUGGCCGCGUUGGUGUCGACUGUGACUGCCACCGCGCUUACCUACCGUCUCGAGGCAAACGAGAAGGCCUGUUUCUACAACUACGUCGACGAGCGGAACACCAAGGUGGCUUUCUAUUUCGCUGUCCAAUCUGGCGGUUCUUUCGAUGUCGAUUACUCCGUUGUCGGUCCCGGCGAUAAGGUGGUCUUGGAUGGAACGAAGGAACGACAGGGCGAUUUCGUCUUUACGGCUCAGAGCGUAGGGGAAUAUCGCUUCUGCUUCAACAAUGAGAUGUCGACGUUUGCGGAGAAGAUGGUAGACUUCGAGAUCGCGAUCGAGAACGAAGAACGCGCCCAGCUCCCCUCCCGACAGGGCGCCACCCCCGAACAGGCGUCUGCCCUCGAGGAGUCCAUCUUCAAACUGUCCGCCCAGCUGUCGACCAUUUCCCGCAACCAGAAAUACUUCCGUACCCGUGAGAACCGCAACUUCAGCACUGUUCGUAGUACCGAACGCCGGAUCUUCAACUUUAGCGUAAUUGAGGGCUUGAUGAUGGUGUCGAUGGCUGGCUUGCAGGUCUUCGUUGUGCGCUUCUUCUUCCAGGGCGCAAGGAAAGGUACGUAUUUGCGUAGAACCAUUUACUGGCAUUCGCCUCCCCGUUUCCCCCAACAAACGUUUACGACAGAUUCUGAUUGA